CGUCCAGCAGCUGAUCGGUAAUCCAGAAGAAGUUUCCCCUCAGUUAGGGGGGAGCUCCACUUUGAAGCAGGAGACUCCACAACCACCCUGCAUUAAAAAGGAAGAGGAGGAACUCUGCAUCACUCAGGAGGGAGAGUGUCUUCUAGGACGAGAGGAAGCUGAUUACACCAAGUUUCCACUGAGUAUUCUCUCUGUGAAGACUGAAGAUGAUGAAGAGAAACCACAAGUAGACAACCUCUUAGCUCCACUAUCAGAUAGUGAGGCUGAAGACGAGGUUGAAGAACCUUUGAGCAGCGAUACAGACUGUGAAGGUGAUAUGAGGACUCACACUGACAACAAACACUCUGAAUGCUCUACAAAGAAGAGAGGUAAAACAUGUUUGAGCUGUUCAGUUUGUGCUGAAAGUUUUACUAAAAAGAGCAGUUUGACUCGACACAUGAGAACACACACAGGAGAAAAAACAUUUAUUUGUUCAGUUUGUGGCAAAAGCUUUUCUCAAAAUAGCAUUUUGACUGAACACAUGAGAACACACACAGGAGAAAAACCAUAUAAGUGUUCAAUGUGUGGCAAAAGCUUUUCUGUUAAGAGCAAUUUGACUAAACACAUGAGAACACACACAGGUGAAAAACCAUUUAAUUGUUCAGUUUGUGGCAAAAGAUUUUCUCAAAAUAGCUGUUUGACUCGACACAUGAGAACACACACAGGAGAAAAACCAUGUACAUGUUCAGUUUGUGGCAAAAGCUUUUCUCAAAAUAGCUAUUUGAUUAAACACAUGAGAACACACACAGGUGAAAAACCAUUUCAUUGUUCAGUUUGUGGCAACAGCUUUUCUCAAAAUAGCAAUCUGAGUCAACACAUGAGAACACACACAGGAGAAAAAACAUGUAAUUGUUCAGUUUGUGGCAAAAGCUUUUCUGUUAAGAGUAAUUUGACUGAACACAUGAGAACACACACAGGUGAAAAACCAUUUAAUUGUUCAGUUUGUUGCAAAAGCUUUUCUGUUAAGAGUAAUUUGACUGAACACAUGAGAACACACAUAGGUGAAAAAACAUUUAAUUGUUCAGUUUGUGGCAAAAGCUUUUCUGUUAAGAGCAAUUUGACUGAGCACAUGAGAACACACACUGGAGUAAAACCAUUAAAUUGUUCAGUUUGUGGUACAAGCUUUUCUCAUAACGGCUCUUUGUGGCGACACAUGAGAACACACGCUGGAGAAAAAUCAUUUAGUUGUUCAGUGUGCUGUAAAAGGUUCCAACAUAAAGCAGACGCAGUAAAACACACAAGAACACACAAGGGAAAAUAACCAAUUAGCUGUUUAGUUUGUGGUAUGUUGCUCAUAUGUGGUGACAUCCACCCUACCCAGGACCUCCUCACUGCUUCUUUCACAAAUAUCUGAGGUAUUCAUACAAACUUGGAUUAUUUGGAGCAUAAUCUUAUCCACUCAUGACCCCAUGUCUUCUCUGUAUCUGAAACCUUCCUGAACAGUAAGAUAGAUGAUGCUUCAAGUGCUUGGUUACUCCUUCUUCAGUCCAGGGACCUGGGGCCUCAUGUGUCAAGUUUGUGCACGCUCAAAAACCUGCACUACACCCUUUUUCCCGGCAAAGUUGAGAUGUAUCAAAACUGACAUUGUGAUGCUGGGUAACUGUUUGCAUAACCAAGUGCCAACUUUUACUCCUCAGACUGAUUGAUGUGCAAAUCAGAGACAUAUGAACAAUUAACCCCCAACACCCACAACCCAACACCCACCUCCCUCGACAUUCGGGCAUAACAGAUGCAAUUUGGCCCGCGAGAUGAGUUUGCAAAGUGUAAAAUUCAGCUGUAUUUUUUAAUGAAAGAAACUGCUGUUCUAAAUGUGUCCACUGGAUGUCGCAAUAGUAAUUCUGUUAGGCAAGCAAAUAGUCUAUACCGGGGCGAGCAAGUAUACCAAGCAAGAGGUACACGGUAAAGCGGGGCUGUGACUCCUCCUCCUCCACCCAACGUAAAACAGGAGUAAAAUAAGCAAUCAGUAACCCCACUUAAAAUGCAGCAUGAGACACUGCACACUGAUAUAGUUCUGUGAAAAUGAUUGUCUUCUGUGCAAAUGUAAAGAAAGUGAACAGUGUGUGAUUUACUGCAAUACUGUCAGUCUUUUAACUUUUUAUUUGUGCUUUGUUGAAAUUGUUCACACAUUGCACAGCUUUUAUUUUUCUAUCAAUACACAUUAUGUCUAGAAGACAGGAAGUAACUCAACACUCUUGAAUAGUUUCUA